UUUUUGUUUUGUUUUGAUGUUUUCCGUUUUGUUUUGAUGUUUUCUGCGCAUGUGUACCGUUUUCAUGGUGACGUCAGAACGUCCUGUAAAAUGGAGGCAGAUAUUUUUAAUCGAUUCUGAAUUGUAGUAAAUAAUAAUCGCAAUUCUCAUUAGCAAAGUUUUUUUUUUACUCCUUUCCACUAUAUCCAAUUAUUCAGGCAUGGAUCUGACUAAAAGGUAAAGAUCUGACUGACCUUUGACCUCUGAGAGGUGAAAGAGUGAAUGCAGAGCAGUGAAACCUGAAGAGACACCAAACAAAAAAACACAUUUCUAGGAACAAAGAUAUGAAGGAAGAGGAGCAAAGAGUGAACCAGAGCGUGGGUUUCUCUGCAGCAGCAGCAGCAGCAGCAGCUGCAGCGCCGGCCCUUUUUUCCGCUCUGACUCGUCGCUGGGCUUCCUGUGCCUCCGCCAGUCGCUCUGCACUCCAACAUGGCCAUCAGCAGAAAAGACAGCUUCCUCUGGGGCAAAGCGCCACCGAGGCUCCGACUGGCUGACAGGAGGCAGAGCGACCGCAGCGGCCAACUUGAGCUGCUGGACGACCUGCAGAAGCUGAAACUGGAUCUGACUGAUGGAGCCGCCGGAUCCGGCAACCCGGACCUGAAGCGCCACAGUAAAAGUGUGGUGAGGAACAGGAAGUUUCUACGAGGGAAAAAGAAAUUCAACAUGGACCCAAAAGUGGGCGUCGGCUACCUGGUGGAACACGGCAUCCUGGAGUGGCGAGCCGAAUCAGUGGCAGAGUUCCUCUACAAGGAGGAGGGGCUUAACAAGACCGCCAUCGGCAACUUCCUGGGAGAACGGGAGGAAAUGCACCUGAAGGUCCUGAAGGCAUUCGUGGCUCUGCAUGAGUUCUCCGACCUGAAUCUGGUCCAGGCGCUGAGGCAGUUUCUGUGGAGCUUCCGGCUCCCAGGUGAAGCGCAGAAGAUCGACCGGAUGAUGGAGGCGUUCGCGGCGCGUUACUGCGACUGUAACCCUGGAGUGUUCCAGUCCACAGACACCUGCUACAUCCUGUCUUUUGCAGUCAUCAUGCUCAACACCAGCCUGCACAACCCCAACGUGAAAGACAAGCCCAACCUGCAGCGCUUCGUCUGCAUGAACCGAGGAAUCAACAAUGGCGCCGACCUUCCCGUCGACCUCCUCACGAAACUUUACACCAGCAUCCGCAGCGAACCCUUCAAGAUCCCCGAGGACGACGGCAACGACCUCACCCUGACCUUCUUCAACCCGGACCGCGAGGGCUGGCUGCUGAAGAUGGGCGGCCGCGUCAAGACGUGGAAACGCCGCUGGUUCAUCCUGACAGACAGCUGCCUCUACUACUUCCAGUACACAACGGACAAAGACCCGAUCGGGAUCAUCCCUCUGGAGAAUCUCUGUGUCAGAAAGCUGCAGGAUUCCAGCAAACCGUUCUGUCUGGAGCUGUACAGCCCCAAAGGUCAGAAGGUCAAAGCCUGUAAGACGGAGAACAAAGGCCGAGUGGUGCAGGGGAAACACCAGUUCUACCGGCUGAAUGCUGCCAGCGAGGAGGAGAGAGACGACUGGAUCAGCGCCAUCAGGGCGAGCAUCACCAAGGAUCCGUUUUACGAUUUGGUGUCGAUGAGGAAGAGGAAGGUGAUCAGGAAUGUUUCUUCGUCGGACUGAAGCUUCAGGAACGUUUCACAGAAACAUUUGGAAGCAGAGAGACAAAGAGGAACCAAGACCAGAACUGAAGAGUCCAAGUCACUUCUGCAAACUGCAGACAGAUGGUUCCUGGAAGACGGCGUUAGCGUUAGCAGCAUUAGCGUUAGCAGCUUUACCGUUAGCAGCAUUAGCGUUAGCAUUAGCGCCGUUAGUGUUAGUGGCUUUAGCAUUAGCAGGGUUACAUUAAACUGACCUCUUUCUCUCCGUGUGAAGGAAAUGAACUAAAAUGAUCACAAAGAAGCUUAGAAAGAAAGAAGCGACGGACAAAAUGCAGCGAAGAUCCGCAGCUGGAAGCUAAAGGACAAAAACAGAAAAGAUGCUGAACGUUGACAGAAAAGUCACCAAGAUGCAAAACAUGGAUGUUCAAUGUUUCCACAAAACACAGAAAGUAACAAAAACAGAAAUUAAAUACCAAUAAAGAAGUGAACAGUGAUUACAGAGAAUGAAGCUACAUUUAGCUACUUAACAGUCUGAAUAUAGAAACACAAUAGAAACAAUAAAACGUCUUUAAAUAACAAGCUGUCAAAUAUUCUACACAUCUGGCUGAUUAUUUAUUCAGUCUGUAACAUUUCUUUAUACGUCUAAUAGAGCUAAAAUCUUCUCAACAUGUUUAAUUUAUGAAUCGUAGAAUGUGUAGUUUGUAAUGUUUGUGUUUAAUGUGUAAUUUAAUGAUCAUCAAACUUAGAGAAUAAAGUUUAUUUUUUCUCAAAGCGGUUCCCCUUUUCUCCACCAGAUGGCGCCGCAGCACCGCCACGUUGAACUGAACUGAAACAUGAAUUUCUGCUGAAAUCUGACUUUUAUUUUCUAUUUUAACUGAAGUGAAGAUGAAGAGAAAUCAUGAGUACUGGUUUUACUGGGAUUAGAAAAGUCCAGUAAUUAGAAAUGAAUGUUUUCCAUCCAUCUUGUUGCUCCACGUUUCAUUUGACUCCAGUGGGAAGGAAUCAGUUUUUCCUCCUGGAUCUGAAAUCAUUUGAGUUCAUUUCUCAUUGCUCCUCAUGUACUCACUCAAAAAACAUUAAAUAAUGAAAAAAUCA